AUGACUAUUCCUGACCAGAAACAUUUGACGGUCAACUGUACCCGUCCACGUUGCCGUGUGUACCAAGCUCCACUCAAUACGAGACAACUGCUGGACCGCCGUGUGUACCAAGCUCCACUCAAUUCGAGACAACUGCUGGACCGCCGUGUGUACCAAGCUCCAGUCAAUACGAGACAACUGCUGGACCGCCGUGUGUACCAAGCUCCACUCAAUACGAGACAACUGCUGGACCGCCGUGUGUACCAAGCUCCACUCAAUACGAGACAACUGCUGGACCGCCGUGUGUACCAAGCUCCACUCAAUACGAGACAACUGCUGGACCGCCGUGUGUACCAAGCUCCACUCAAUACGAGACAACUGCUGGACCGCCGUGUGUACCAAGGUCCACUCAAUACAAGACAACUGCUGGACCGCCGUGUGUACCAAGCUCAACUCAAUACAAGACAACUGCUGGACCGCCGUGUGUACCAAGCUCCACUCAAUACGAGACAACUGCUGGACCGCCGUGUGUACCAAGCUCCACUCAAUACGAGACAACUGCUGGACCGCCGUGUGUACCAAGCUCCACUCAAUACGAGACAACUGCUGGACCGCCGUGUGUACCAAGCUCCACUCAAUACAAGACAACUGCUGGACCCAGAACACCAUGGAAGCGACAGAGGGGGAUACGAACCAGGACACGUCUUCUGA